AUGCCGCGUCCUACAAUCGAAGAUUUGAGAUCAUUGAUUUUAACAUUUGAGGAUAUGAAGAAGGAUCGAAGAUACCCAAUUCAUUCUGCUUCUCCAGGUUGCCCAGAUGGAGGAGAAACCAUAAGAGAAAACUGGGUUUCAAGUCAGUUCUCCAAUACAGAAGGACCUACAAAAGCAUAUGCUUUAGGGUGUGAGUUUGUUGUGAUGGAUGAUGAUACAAGGCAGGUUGGUCAUAUUAUGUUACUUGAUUUUGAUGGUAAAGUGGUGUUCGAUGAACUCAUUAGACCUAGAGGCCAGAUUAAAACUGUAUUAGCUAAACACAAUAGUCAAACUCCAAUAAGAUUUAUUGAACAUUCAUGGUUUAGUCUCAAAGAUAUACAAGAUAGGUUAUUUAAGAUUGUUAGCGCUGAAGAUAUUAUAAUUGGUCAUACUGUUUAUAAAGAUCUACAAGCUCUUGAAUGGAAACAUCCAAAGAUAGUUGAUACAGUUAAAAUAUUUAGUUACAUUCAUCCACAGGAGUCACCAUCUUUAGACUUUUUAACUCUUUACUUUCUCGGUUCUGAAUAUGUUGAUAAGAUAAGUCGUUUCUCUGGACCAGUGGUAGAUGCAAGAGCUGUAUUGGAUUUAACUAAAUUUGAAAUUAAAUGCUGGAAUUUAUGA